AUGGCUCAUAGUUUUCAAAUUCGUUGUCGGAUUUUAUUGGCGGCGUUCAAAGUACGUAUGCUGAAACUUGAAAGGGGUGCAAUCACUGCAAUAUCUAAUGGAGGCGGUCGCGUAGCAGCCGCAAUAACUGUUGUUAUUAGAUCAUGGAUCAUUAGGAACAUUUUUGUAGUAUCAAAUUUUUGUGAUAAAAUUCUCUUGAUUCAUGUCUUUUGGUUAGUAGGACGUGGUGUAAAACAACUGUCCCAAUUAUUAUGGAACGUCUCUGGGCAAAUGAACAAGGAUAUGAACGUGAACGGCCAUUAUUUAAUUACAUCGACUUUUAGAGAGGACGCAGUCUCUUAUGGAUCCAGUCAUCCUGAUCCAUUAUCAUCAUCUUCUUCAAACCUUACAAAUAAUAAUCUUGAAUUCAUGAAGGUUAUUUUGAUGACUUAUAAUUUUUAUAAGAAAGAUAUUGGUUAA